UUUGGGUGUUCAAUGGUCCAACUAUUCAAUGUGAAAUUGACAUUUUUUACAUAUAAUGUUUUAGGGUGACAUUAUAUUUUAUAUAUGAUGACUUGGUUGGUUACAUAAAACAAACAACUUUUUCUCCUUUAGCGAUUGUCCCGGUCAUAGCGGAGCCGGCUCGUCUCGAUCGAUUGCGUCACUUGUUUCGGUCAUAGAUCUGAUCUGGGUGGAGUCGGAAGGAUCUUAAAUUAUCAUUUAGUGUAUGAAGCAAUCAUUGUUUCGGUCAACCUUUCGGUCGUUCUCCAUUGACUUCGAUGUUCAAACCAAUCUAAGCUAAUGAAUUCUCCUUAGGAUGAGUCUUAUGACCAUAAACACCAUGCCGAUGAUUGGUGUAGCGAUUGCAGAUGCUCUCAUUUCGGAUUAGAUCAUGGCCGUGUUAAGUCAUUGGUCCAACGUGAUAUCUUUGUCUCCAUUACCGCAAGACGCCGUUCAUUGUCUUGGCCAGCACUUAGAACCAUCGAGGGCAACAGAGCGGACGAAACUGUGGAAAAUUUUAAAUUUGACUCGUUCGUUAAUGCGUCAAUUCCAACACCAGUUGAGAAACGUUCAUUCAUCCAAGUUGUGCGAAUGCGGGAAGGAAACCCAAUUCACGGUUGGGAGUUAUCGGUGUGCGAGUAUUUCGAGGGCGAUUUUAAUGAGGUUUUGUCAUUCUCAAAACCUUGACAAAAAGUUAGGUAUUAGCACCUUCAAAUUUAAUCAAAAUCUGGACAGGAACAGCGCACCGUCACCGUCGCAUAAGCAGCUGUGAUUGUACCUUACAUUAGAAGGAGCGAAG